AUGUCUGCUGAACCCCCCAAGUCAUCUGGUCUCUCGACAAAGGUCGACAAGAAGCGCAAGAGAGAGGCCGAGGAGUCGAAAGAAAACAAGGCUGCUGCUCCGUCCGCGGGCGCGGAGGGCCCGAACAAGAAGAGAAAGGAUAACAAGAAUAAGGGAGGCAAGAACGACAAGAAAGACAAGAAAAAUCGAAAGGUCAAGAAAGACAAGAAAGAUAAGCCUCAGCAGAAUGCGGAGCCGAAAGAUCCCAAGGUCACCGAGAGCAAAGGCAGCAUCAACGAGGACAUUGGAAAGAUGGACGGCGGAUUACUCGCCGAUCACCUCAUGCAGAAGUCAAAGAGACAUAACAAGAACCUUACUUCUGUCGAGCUGAGUGAUCUGAGUAUUCCGGAUGUCGCAUUCCUUGAUACUUCGUCCUUCGAUGCACCCCGACAGCUGGAUCAGCUUCCUGCGUUUCUCAAAGCGUUCUCUCCUAACAAAGGAGCCGGUCUUGCCCAAGCCUCGGAAGCAAAGGGUACUCCCCACACGCUGGUAGUUUCUCCCGGUGGACUGAGAGCCGCGGAUGUUGUGAGAGCCCUUCGUUCGUUCCAAACGAAAGAAUCUAUCAUUGGCAAGCUGUUCGCCAAGCACAUCAAACUGGAGGAGGCGAAGCAAUUCCUGGAACGAGCUCGUACGGGUAUCGGAGCUGGCACUCCCGCUCGUAUUUCUGAUCUGAUCGACGCAGGCUCUCUGAAGUUGGAUGAUCUACAGCGCAUCGUUAUCGACGGCUCUUACGUUGACCAGAAGCAGCGGGGAAUCUUCGACAUGAAGGAAACGCACUUCCCUCUGCUACAACUUCUGACACGCUCUGAAUUCAAGGAGCGAUAUGGGGCCAAGGAGAAGAAGAUUCAGAUUUUGGUCUUUUAG